AUGCCACUCAGAGGGCAACGGAAGCUUAAGGCCCACCCAACUUUCAAUGAACAUGACCAUAGUACCCACGUGUCUUACUUGUAUAUUCUUCGUGAACUUUAUAUAGAAAAAAUUGGCGGAGUCGGAAACGGGACCAUGUUAACGCCAUUCAUGCUGUCUUAG